AUGAGUCGUCAGUGUUCUCCAAACUCUUACAUGGAGUACGUAGCAAUGAUCCAGCUACGUAUAUGUAACCAAUUAAAUAAUUCGGAAAAGCUUAAAGGUGAAAUGACGUUUAGAGCAAGUGCUUCGUUUCAGGGGGGUGUUGGCGGCCCAGUGCUAGAAAAGGAGGCGUUAGUUGGAGUAAUUGUUGCAUCGAUUCGGCCUUCAAAGUCCAAGUUGGUGGCUGCAAAUGCUGAAUUGGAUCAUGGACACCGUGAAAAGUUCCUAGACGAGGAGCUUUCCAGAACCUAA